AUGUCAGUGGAAAAAACAAUUCUUUUAGAAGAUGUUGAUACUAAGACAGGUUUAACUACUUUGAAAACAACUCAUCGUCUACGUAAUCUUAAUCAUCGGCAUCAUUAUCAUCAUCAUUAUAAUACAAAUAAUCAGAACAAUCCUAAAAAUUUUAAUGAUGUCACUUACCCCAAUUCGAGUGAUAAUAUCCAGGCAACCCGAGCAGAUAUUAAUAGAAUUAAAAUGGUUACAAAAUUAGUGAUGGAUAGUAAAUAUGGCUUAAUGGAUGACUUAAAUGUGGAAUUUAAUACAUUACAGAAGCCUUCACGAGAUUCUGUGGAGAGUUUAGAUGAUCUUUCUUCAAGUUUAACACCUUCUUCUGUUGAUGAUAUAAAAAAAUAUUCUGAUUUUUACAAUUGUAAGUCUGAUAAAAAUAGAAGUAAAAAGACCAAGAAAUCACAAAAAAAUAAUGCUGGAACUAAUCCUAAAAAAAAAAGUCAAAGUGUGGAACCUGCAUUAUUGUCUAGAGCUAGACGUUCGAGUACGCAUAGAAGAAGUGUAUCUACUGAUACUUUUUCACGCCACGACCAACUAGAAUUGGAAUCCAUAACUAAUAGUACUUUAAAAUACAAUUUAACACAUAAACCAUUGACAGCCCCAAUGUCUAAAUUUUCAAGAAUCAAUGCAGAAAGAACAAGAAUUUAUUUGGAGCACUAUUAUAAUCUGUUACACAAAUCUAUCUCGCUAGACGGAAUUGAAGUUAUUCACGAGAAUUUGGAUGGUGUUUAUAAUCCAUUACAAGUUAUUAGAAAUAGAAAAUUAAGAAAGAAAUUUAAUGAAUUAGUUCCAGGAACGUUAUAUAUCCCAAAAACUCCAGUAAUUGCAAUUAAAGAAUUCUCAAAAACCCCUGAAAAGACUUCUCCAUGGUUUGUUGAUUUACCUGAAAGAUCUAGUGAUAUGGUAUGGAGAUCAUCUCAUUGGCAUGAUUUGGUGGAUCACAGAGGCGAAUAUUGGUUUGAAGAACCUUCUGCUACUGCAACGGCAAAUUUAAUAUCUAAGAAUUAUAAGAAAUACUCUUCAUUAUCAUAUUUAAAGACCAAGAGCGACUCUGGUACUCCACCUAGAGCAUCCAAUAUCAUAUCAAGCUCAAAUGCAAACAUAUAUUUAAGUCCAUCAUCAAAUCCAAGUCUAAGCGCAGACAUAUUUGCAAAUACAACUACAAUUGUGAGUAAAGAUAUAUCGAAAAAUUAUACCAUAACUACACAAAAUAUAUUACCUAAAUAUGUAACUACCAAAAUGAAUAGCGUAAAAGAAGUCAGUACUUCACCAAAGCUUAUUCAAUUACCUGCUAUUGUUACUCCUCAAAAAUUUGAAAUUUCAACUAUCAAUAAAGCUAAUGCUUUAUCUGUCCCUGCAGGAAGUGGUUCUACAAAUCCCGUUGGGAAGAGUGUCUCUAGCAAUUAUACAGAAUCGAUGCAGCAUUUGAGUCUACUUGGAUCUUUUGCAACCAAAACACAAUCUAGAAAUUCUCAAAAAACUUAUUCGGAUUCUCCAACUUCCAAUGCUUCAAUGCCGAUAAAUAAUUCUGACACUACUAAUUCGAAAAUUGUCCUGAAUGCAAGCACAGCCACUCACUCAACUACAAAUAAUAUUGAAACUGUUUCUACCAAAAAUUCAAAUAGUAAAGCUAAUAAUGAAAAAGAUAAUGACACUAACCAAAAUCGAUUAACUAUUCCAGAUCAUGAUACUUCAGUUUUGUUGGAUGUGAACGUUAAAGAUGCUCCUUUGGAGCAGCAUUCACCAAAGAAUAAAUUGGAAAAAUUGAUAUCAAGAAGCCCUUGGAAUAAAAAUCAAGGUUCUACAAACAUUAUGGGACUUAAAUCACGCUCUGCUUCAUCAAAAUCAUCUAAAAAGGUUGGGUUUUAUAAACUUUCUUCGAACUCUAAUUCUAAUUUAGGUGAAGCAUUUAAUAUGCAGUACGUUUCAAAUGAUAGUAUUGAAACCCAGGAUUUGGGAAGUAAGCAUAAAAACAACAGGCGAAAAAGCUCCUCAAUGAAGAAACAAUCUUUCUCACAUUCUACUCAUACCUAUUUGGCACCAGAGGAUGUAGUUACUAAUUCACAUCAUAAUUCUCAUCAUAAUUCUUCAUCUGGAUCAUCGCUAUCAAUAGUUCCUGAAAACAAAACCAGUAAACGUAAUAAAGUAGUAAGAAAAUUAUCAAGUUCAGAAAAAAUAAAUGAUCAGCCUCAUUUAUCACGGUUACGUGCUAAGAUUCGUCAUCCAAAUGCAUUGAAUAUAAAUACUUCGUUUUUUAGUGGGAAUUCAAACUCAAAUGAUUUUUCAACAAAGGCUUCUUACCAGCCUUCGCAAAUUCGUUUAAGUUCAACAAUGGAUAACACUAUUAAUGAUAAUUCAAAACUUACUACCGAAUAUACAUCGAAUACGAAAUUGCACAGCCCUCGCCAUUAUGAUCAUGAUGAUGAUAUUAAUAAUCCUAAGAGCGGUUACUAUUCUGAAGAUGAAGAAACAGAUGAUAGUGUUCAUUUUGAUGAUGACGAAGAAAAUUCAGGGCUGGAGUUUAAUUAUAAAAAGAAAACUUUUACCAGCUUUGUACCAUCUUAUGAUUUAGAUAUGCAGUUGCAAGAAGAUUGGAAAGAAGCAAGAUAUGUCAUGGGUACAGUUCAUUUGAUGCAGCAUAGGAGAGAGAUAUUUCACAGUAUUAAAAGGAAAGAAUUGAAUAAAAGAGUUUCUGAACCGGUUCAAAAUGAUGCGGCAGGAUUGUUCUCCGAUACUUCACAGGUUCUUGACAAAUACAAUUCAAGAUUAGAUACUGUCAUAUCGGAUGCUGAUAAUUGGAACUCUAGAUGGCUCAAUGAUUACUCUGUAAGAGUGCAAACACUAAUAUCUACUACUGAUAGAAUUAUGACAGAUAUUAACACUACAUUGACUCUAAAAUUAAAGUUAUUCCAAGAAAAUGCAGAAAAAUAUGAAUCAUUAAAAAAUAUUCAUGCCCAAAGGAUGAGUAAAAUAUUAUAUAGAUGCUUAGAAUUUUUAUUAGUUGUGUUUUUUACUAUACUAAGAGUCAUUGUUAGAGGCUUAAAAGACAUUAGGCAUAUAUUAGACCUAUUUCUUGAUCUGUUAACGUGGCUCCUAUGGUAA